AUGUUAGCGCCGGCCUCUCUGUACACCGCUUCGACUGGCCUUUGUGCAGACUCUGUGGAAGCUCACCCGAGCAUGUCCGGAGUCUUUGCGCUUGGAACUUAUCAUGUAGACAAAGAAAGUGCUCAAGCUGAAGAAUUAGAUGGGAAUACUAGCAUCUCUCCAGCAUAUACCCGUCGCGGGACGGUAACCCUUUACAAGGUCACCAAGACACCCGUGCCUGCAAAGGUCAAUUGUCAUCCCAUCCACCAGCAGUUUACACCAGCCAUACUAGACAUGAAAUGGUUCUCCAUAGGCUCGACGCCGGGUUCGCUAGAGCAAGAUAUUCUCUCGGUUGCAACGGCGACCGGUUGCGUGGACAUGUUCAAGCUGCUAGGCUCGCAACAGUCAAUGAGCUUGAAGAAGGACUCAUCAUGGUACAUUAAUCCGCGGAAGUCUCUCUGUCUCAGCCUGGAUUGGUCAAAUCGUCGUCAGAACCGCGUACAGAGCACCCUUCAGGAUCAGAAAUUGAUCGUUAGCCAGAGCGAUGGGACACUCGCUUUCUUGCCAAGUGUCUUACGGUGUCUCAACGGCGACGCAUCCCCUCAAACCGUAUUAACCAGAGAGGAAAAAAAGAAUUUCAUAGGACAAGGAAGAGAAUGGAGCGGUGACGAAGAAGAAGAUGGAAAUGAGGAUGCGGAUCAGGCGCAAGCUCAUGCACUUCUAAAUGACCCUGCUCAGUGGGAACAGCAAGGGAACGGUCAAAAUUCAUAUCCUGCAGGCCUCGAGACAUGGAAAGCGCAUGACAACGAAGCAUGGAUUGCUGCCUGGGACUGCUGGUCGCAUGGUACGGUUGCAUGGAGCGGUGCUGACGAUUUGACGUUGAAAGGCUGGGAUAUGCGAACGCCAAAUCGGAGGACUGGUCGGAAGCCCACCUUCAUUACACGCAAAGGUUUCGAUGGUGGGGUGACUGCUCUUGAAAGCCAUCACAUGCGUGAACACAUAUGGGCCGUUGGCAGCUACGAUUCGCGCCUACGAAUAUUCGACGCUCGGCAGCCUGCGCGGCCUGUGAUUGAUCGCGACGGGUUUGACGUCGAAGGCGGCAUCUGGCGCGUCAAGUGGCAUCCUACCGAUGCGGACACGCUGCUCGUUGGUGCGAUGCAUGGGGGAUUCAAAGUGCUGAGCAUACCUCCAGCAGACCAAAAGGGACGCAUGGAGUUGCUAAGUCGAUUCGAUGAACAUGAAAGCAUCGGGUAUGGCUGCGACUGGGACCGAGGCGAUCUCCUUCAAGAGGGAGGAGACACGUUGGUCUACUCUGCCUCCUUUUAUGACGCUCGCUUGCACAUCUGGAGUGCCUAA